ACCUGUCUGCCGGGGUGUGUAUGUGUUUAUCUGCCAAAGGAUCUAGAAAAACUGAAAGGUGUCAAGUGUCCUCCACUCGUCACAGCCAGCAGUGCGUAGAAGCGAGAGGACCGUUGUGAGCGCACCGCGUCACCUGCUUUCGAACAGAGUUGCGCGCGCACUUGUCCCGGCAUGCGCAGAACAGCAGCGGGCCGUGUGCACCCAGCGGAGCUGUCGUCUGCACACCGUUGAGUAACGGUCUUCCCGCCUCGGACGACCGUUAUACGACGACUGCAGGCGUUCACCUGCGGAGUAUCGGCGGCGCUCGAGCAGUAAACGGAGCGAGAAGUGGGUCGUCAAGUGGAUAGGCUGCCAGCGCCGGCUGCUGAAAGACGACAUCACCCCUCCACCUGGGGGGACAGACAGGUGCCAUGCCAGGCUGCCAAGUUCUCGCAGGUUCAAGAGAGAAUGGUUGUGUUGACGACUGGGCAGCGACACUGAUGACUACCUCAUCACAGCCAGCCAGAAGGUUGCUGAAGAAUGGACGUGAAAUUAUUGGCUUACAAGGCCAACACCAGUAAGUGCAGGAAGUCAUGACAUGAGACUAGUCGCCUGGCAGUCAUGACGUGGGAAUAACUACCUCCGGCGUAUGGAUUGGGAUUAUUUCUCACGAUCUGUGCAAGUAUUCAGGGAGAGAAAAUUAGCAGUGACCUGGUAGUGAUUAUCUGACAUGGAAGCGAACAACCGAAAGUGUGAGCUGCCGAGUUAGUCGUCCAUGUUCACAGGACGCUGAUGCCUUGGAGCAGUGCCGCUGACGGUGGCCGACAGGUGAGCGCGCAGGUAUGGCGGCCGACGCGUGGGUGGGCGACAUCCCCAUCGUGGUGGAGGGAGUGCAGAAGUGGAUGACGGGCCUGACGCGCCGCACCACCUGCGAUGACGUCAUCUACGCACUGCUGUACUCGCGCGGGCAGCUGGAGACGGACAGCACGGCCAACUACGCUGUCUUCGAGCGCUGGCGGGCGGUGGAGCGCCCCCUGGCAGGCCGUACCAAGAUCGUCAAGGUCUGGACGUCCUGGGGCGCGCAGCAGCCCGAUGUGCAGCUGAUGCUACGGCGACUGGACGACUACUUCCUGCCGCCAGGGCCCGACGCGCGGUCUCGUCGACGUCAUCGGCGCUCCAGCCGCCAUUGUCUGCGUCAUCCCCAGUCCUCCAGGUGCACCGGGAGACGCUCGUGUACGCACUGCGAAAAGCAGCGCACCCUGGAGCAGCUGGCGCAGCAAGUGGUGCGGCAGGAGCAGCACCUGCAGGAAGUGCACCGACGGGUGAGCGAGACGGAGUGCAAGAUCGCGCAGUACGAGUCGCGCCUGCAUCUGACGCGCGUGCAGCGAGACGGCCAGGACUACGUGCAGCACGCCUACCUGCACCUCGACAGCGGCCGCGGUGAAAACGAUGAGGUGGCAGCAGCAGGUGAAGACAGCCUAGACAGCCUGCUUCUCUCCCUUGACGAGGAGUCGCUGGACGAGUACCUAGACCUCUGCGCGCGCCUGCAUGACCUCGUGGAGCGUCUGACGUACCUGCGGCAGCUGGCGCACAAUCUGACGGAGGAACUCCACACGGCCAAGGUGCGGACGGCGGCGGCGGCGGCGGCGUGGCCAGGGGAACGGAAGGAGGCUGGAGAAGCGGAGGCUCUCCGCGUGCAGCUGGUGCGUGCGGUGGCUACCAGUGUCCUACAGCAGCAGCAGGAAAUGGAAGUGGCACGGGAGCUGAGCCACCUCGACGCACAGCUUGCCAGCAAAGGGCAGCAACUGCAGCUGCUAGUCGCAGAGCUGCACGAAGCUGAGGAGAUGGAUUUGGCAUUGUCAUCUGGUUUCCACAGUAGCUCGCACUUUCCUUCGGGUUCGCAGUUUCAAGAACUUGACAACUCGCUCACCGAGCAUCUUACGUCAGAACACUCACAAACAAACGAUCAAUAUAAGGGUGAGCACCACCUCUUAGACACACACCUCCACUCUGUGCACAGACACAAUGUACGACCUGUGGACACGAAUGACAAGCCCACUGUUGAAGUCGAUCGAAGAACGGAGAAUCCUUUGGAAAGGGACAAACCAUCAGUCGUGCUCAGUCACGAGUAUCCCAAUUUGCCAGGGGCAUUUUCGCAACAAAACUAUAAGAUGACAGGAUACGAAAGCCACCGCCUCGUCUACGUGCCUGACAUUAUUGUGGAAUACCGGAGGGCGGCUGAGGACAGGCCAGCGCUAGCGACACCAGACGACAGUGGUCUGGCCACUAGCGACUCCAGUUCCGAGAGUUGCAUGCCGGGCUUGGAACCCCAGCAGCCCCCGAGUCGUGCUGUUCAGGCACCGUGCGAUCUGGUGCUGGAUACCACCUGCAAGUUUACGAGACUCCAUGCCAACGGAAGCUCUGUUGUGGAUUGUCACCAGUCGCUACACCCUUCGUCCCAGAAAGGCGUUCCUCCAGAUUGGAAUGUCUCAGAUUCCUGGCCAAUGAAAUCGAGCGCCGACGGUCACGUGUUUUUUGAAGGCGAGCCUCAUAGAAAAUCGUUAGUAAAUGGCGCGGGGCUGCACGGCAGAGACCUUGACCCUGUAACCGUGUUUGCUGAUCAGACUAAGACUGCUGGCUGCAUCAUUCCAGCAGGACAGCGCCACAUGUUCAAAGACAGCCAGGUGAACGGCGGGUGGAGACCACCCACCUGUAGUGCAAAUAGAUUGCAGGUGGCGACUCCACGCGUCAAAGACUGUGCGUUUCAUGGACUUGGACGGCCAUCGGCUACUGGACGAUGACUGCAGCUCUCAGGACACGGGACUGAGCUCCAUGCACAGCGAGGAGAAUGCUCUCGAAACCCUUGUGUAGGUCUCUACGCAUGUGCAGUUCUAGCCACAUCCGGGUGUGUUACGUUAAUUAAAGAGGGAUGAAACAUAAACAUCAAAUGAAAUGCAUCAAACUGUUUUCAACGGAGGGAAAAAGAAGGGUCGUUUCCAAAACUGGAUGGCGCUUCACUCCCUUAGUACAGCAUUAGGGUAGGGUACAUAAUUAUAAUUGUAAUGUCAAUGAGUACACUUCCCCCCCCCACACACACACUUUCUGCCCCAUCACAUGACAAGAGGGAGAAAACUCUGUUGACUCAGUUUCUCCCCGCAUUUUUCGGGCACCAAACAACGGAAAUUUAAGGUGUAAGCACAGAAAACUUAAAAAGAUCAAAAACUGUCCAAGAAAGGAAACCCACCUUUCAACUGUUCUCUUGAAUUUUGUAAAAUGGCGAACAGCAGUAGUGGGCAUCGGUAUUUUCUUUGUCUUUUCUGACUGUAAGCGAGUUCUGUUUGAGACAGAGGCUCUUGUGUGUGUGACAUAGUUGUUUAAAAUGGUCAGAGCUAGACUUUAAAAAAAAUGGCAUUCCAAUAACAAUUGUAUUUAUUUACUUUUAUUUUAGAAAACAAAGAUUGCUCUGUGUUUUUGUUGUUUGUUUUGUUGGUUUUUUUUUUUUGGGGGGGGGGGGCGAUGCUUCUAAUUGUAGGCAGGAAGAAUUUUGGGAGUCAAAAAUAUAUGAACAAAUUGAUUUAGCUGCUCAAUGUGGACAGUUUGCUCAGAAAAGGUGCUCGAUGUGACCUAUAUACUUAUUAAAAUAAAGUGUAAACGUUGCUUUCUCUGGGAGGAGUGAAUCUAACGCUAACUGCAGUUCAUGGUACAGACAGCAGUUGAAAAAAUGUUUUAGCCACCUGCAUCCGUGAUUGAAAUACACUUGAAAUGUACAUGUAUUAGGUUGGAAUUUUAACACUAUACGAUCGUUACUAAUUAAAAGUAUUUUCUAUUAGA